AUGAGUGAUAGUUUCAUUUUCGAACAACUUCCAAAUGAAAUUUUUCAAGAAUUAUUUGAAUAUUUUCAUACUUAUGAAUUAUAUGAAAUAUUUUCACAAUUAAAUUCACGUUUUAAUUUUAAUAUUAAAAAUUUUAAAUAUCUUCAACUUAUUCUUUAUUCACCAGAAGAUAUUAAUCAUCGAAAAAAUCAAUUUUUUUUAUCAAAAAUUAAAACAUUAAUUAUUGAUCAUACAAAAUAUUUAUAUGAUCCAAUUAAACCUCCAUUAUUCUUACAUAUACGUUGUUUAAUUCUUUGUCAACCAACACGUGAACAAUGGAAUUCAAUUCAUCCAUUUCAUUUUCCAUAUCUUGAACGUUUACAUUUAAUUAAUUCAAGAUUUAUUUAUCGUACAGAACAACUUUGUCGUUUAAUCUUUUCUGAUCAAUUUCGUUAUUUAUAUUCAUGUUCAUUACCUCAUAUUUCCUAUGAUAUUAAUAAUCAAUGGACCGGUUCUAUUCAUCUACAAAUACUUUGUAUAAGUAUUUGGGAUAUUCGUAUAUAUACUCAAAUUCUUCAUAGUUGUCCAAAUUUAAUUCGUUUAAAAAUUGAACUUAGUGGAGGAAAUAAUCAAGAAAAUCUUCCACUGUGUAAUACAAAUGAGAUACAUUCAAAUCUUCGAUAUUUAACAGUCUAUUCAUCCAAUUCAAUAACAUGUGAAUUAAUUGAUUCAAUAUUAUCUUUUGUACCGAAUCUUACUCGAUUUUUACUUCGUUCUAAUCAUCAACCACCAACUCAUAUUUCUGUAAAUAAAUUAGCUUCUAUUCUUGAGUCUCGUACGUCUAAAUUAAAUCGUAUUAAUAUUGAUAUUACUGUACCGGAUGAUCUUUGUUGUAAAGAAAUAAUAGAUACCAAGUAUUUAUUAUUUAAAUCCUAUAAAAUUCAAUCGAAAUUAAAUCGACCAACAAAAUUACUUAUAGUCGAUUCCGUAUAA